CACCUUGUAUAAGCAUAGGCGUCGCCCUAUCAAUUCUUAACUAUUAUCUAUGGUUGGACUAGAUUUCAGUCCUGAUGCACUUUUCAUGUAGGUAUAUUGUUCUUCAGUGGAUUUUUAAUUUUUAUUUUAGCUUCUUAUUUACUUCUAUAAGACACUAUUUAACACUACGUUUUCGAAGUAGUCGUAACAAUGAGCACGUUGUUUCGUACAAUAAUAUUACCAGUGUUUUGUAUUCUUACCGUUUCGAUGACAUGUUAUGUAUCUAUCGAUGCACUGCAAAUACUUGCAAUAGAAAGUGUUGCUGGUAAGAGUCAUUGGAAUUUUAUGAGUGCUGUUCUCCGAUCUUUGACGGACGCUGGUCAUAAUGUUACCGUGUUUACUCCAUUUCUCGAUGGCAAUCGGGAAAACUAUACAGAAGUCUACUUAAAUGUACCAUCGGUAGUCGAAAUUAAUAUUGAAGAAACGUUGAACACAUUUGGGAAACCUACUACGAUGAUACCUACACUCAUGAACAUGAGUCGAUACUUUUGCAAUAUUGCUUAUGAACAACGGGAUAUGCGAGAGAUCUUAUACGGCGGUAAAUCAAAUUAUGAUAUUAUUUUCACUGAAGUAGUGUCAUCGGAAUGUGUAUCAUAUAUAGCUUCCAAGCUGGAAUUGCCACUGAUAUAUUUAAUUCCUUCGCCAAUGAUAACCCACAUCGAGCAUACUAUAUUGGGAGACGUAUCAAAUCCAGCAACAGUAUCCCAUCUGAUGGCCCAUAAUGCGGUACCUAGAACAUUUGCUCAACGAUUUUUAAAUGUCGUGUUUUUAGGGUAUAGUUUAUUUGCGUUAAAAUAUAAAGAAAUGGAAAUGAAAAAAAUUGAUUCACAACCAUAUGAUCUGGUAGAACCUUUAAAACCGACGUUAGUGUUCAUGAACACACAUUAUAUUACCUAUGCACCAAGUUCUAUGCCUGCAAGCUUAAUACAAGUUGGAGGGAUACAUCUGAAAAAGCCAAAAAGCAUACGAAAUGAUGUACUGGAGUUCAUUGAGAACUCACCACAUGGAGUAAUUUAUUUUACGUUUGGCUCAGUCGUAUCAAUGUCAACUUUACCAGACCAUAUUCAGAACGCAUUCAAAGAAGCUUUAGCACAAGUACCUCAGAGGGUAUUAUGGAAAUACGAAGGAGAAAUGAAAGAUAAACCAAUAAACGUAAUGACAAGUAAAUGGUUUCCUCAGCGUGAUAUACUCAUGCAUCCAAAUGUAAAAUUAUUCAUUAGUCACGGAGGUAUAUUUGGUGUAUAUGAAGCUGUAGAUGCAGGUGUCCCUGUUCUUGGAUUCCCUCUCUUCUACGAUCAACCUAAAAAUAUUGAUAACUUAGUUGAAGCAGGAAUGGGGAUUUCUAUGGAUCUGUUAACAUUACAAAAAGAUGAAUUGAUAAAAAAUAUUUUAGAACUCAUUAAUAAUGAAAAAUACAUGCAAAAUGCUAAAAUCGUUUCUGAUAGAUUUAAAGACCGACCGAUGUCACCAGCAGAAUCAGUUGUUUACUGGACAGAGUACGUGAUUCGACAUAAAGGUGCACCACAUUUAAAAUCUCACGCAUUUAAUUUGACGUGGUAUCAAUACUUUUUAUUAGAUGUUAUUUUUGUUAUAUUAUUUUUUAUUUCCUUUACUAUUUUCAUUAAUUACAAACUUUUUAAACUUAUUUAUUACUGCUUUUUAAAAUAUUCACAACCUAUGAAACCUAAAUUAGAAUAAUUUAAGUACCUACCAUCAUAAUAUUAUUAAAUUAUUGAAGUAUACGUUCAAUAAACUACAGUUUUUAUAUCGAUAGCUAUAAUAUUAUAAAUAAAUUAAUAAGUAAUUUAAAGGCAUCAUAUUACCCACAUAAAAAAAUUACGUUUUUGUGUAUUAUAGCUACCCUGUUGGCUGUUGAUAUCCUAAAUAUAUAUUUUGACAUUUUGUUA